AUGGUUAGGAGAGGAGGGUUGCUAGUUGGGUAUGGCGCCUCGUCGUCGGCGACGGCGUGGAGGGCCGGGAGGGUGCUGAGGGCGGCGGUGGUGGCAUUCUUCGACGGCUACCACUGCUUCAGCCCCGUGGCCGCCCUCCUCGCCCUGCCAUUCUCCGCCGCCGUGCUCGCGUCCCAGGCCAUGGCGCCCUCGUCGUCCACGCUGCGCGGCGCGUCCUCCAGGCUCCGGGAGAUGUUCCACGCCGCGGGGUUCCCGCCCUCGUCCUUCUUCUCGCUGCUCAACGGCAAGCUCUCGCAGACCGUCUUCACCUUCGCCGCCACGCUGCCCUUCGCGCUCACCUUCCUGCUGCUCGCCAAGGCCUGCGUCGCCGCCGUGCUCGCCGCCCCGGCUCCUGACGCGCCGCGGCGGCGCCGCAUGUCGCUCCCGCGCGCCGCCGCCGUCGCGCGCGCGUACCCGGCGCUCGUCGCCACGCACCUGUUCAACUCCUUCGUCAUGCUCUCCGCCAACGCCGCCGUCUUCUCGCUGCUCUUCCUCGCCUUCGGCGCCGCCGACCUCCUGGGCUUCACCUCCCACGCCUCCACGCUCGCGCUCUCCGCCGCCGGCGCCAUCGCCUACUCGGUCGCCGUCGGCGUCGCCACCGUCGUCUGCAACCUCGCGCUCGUCGUGGCCGCCAUGGAGCGCGGCGUGGCGGGGCACGGCGCGCUGCUCAGGGCGUGCGUGCUCAUCAGGGGCAGCGUGCCCACCGCGCUGGCGCUCGCGCUGCCCACCAACCUCGGCAUGGCGGCCGCGGAGGCGCUCUUCCAGCUCCGGGUCGUCUCGCAGCGACGGAAAGCCGGGAGGCUCGCGCCGGGGGUCGCCGGCGAGGCCUUCUCGGUCGCCUACAUCCACGCGCUCUGCGUCGUCCUCGAGAUCAUCGUCAGCUGCAUCUUCUACAGGAGCUGCUGCAAGAGGAGUGAGGCCGACGAGCUCAGAGAGCUGGAGCCGGAGGAGAAGGGUGACCUCAAGGCUUGAUCAUCAUCUCAACCGUCUGUCGCCGUCUUCGCCAUUCCGAAGCCAUAGUAGACAUAUAGCCACCAAAUAGGUUUAUCGAUCAUUCUGAGAAACUCUUGGAUGGGUCCAGAGAAACAUAGUGAAUUGGGGGAUAGAACUGUUUCUUUUGUUUCUUUGCUGGAUAGUUUUUUUUCGUCAUUUUCUUUUCUCUUGGCAUGGAAAUGAAAUGUAAAACAUGGUUCGAUUUGUACAGCAGAAAAUAUUCCGUCGAAAUGAAAUAAAUAAGCA